GUGCUACGGUCACUUCCCAGUUCCCACCGUUACCCCACCAAGACUUUCGCAAUUACAAGUAUUUGCAAAUUAAUCUUAAUUUUCUUUUCUAAUACAUUUUUCUACUUUUACCUGAACAAAAAAUUUUAGAGAGAGAGGAACUACAGGGAGUGAGGGAGAGAGAGAGAGAGAGAAGCAUCCGUCCAGUUUCGGAAAACAGGGGGCGGACCUAAGAUCAGAACACAAAAACCCUAGCGGUGUCAAAAAAACCAUGUGGAGAAGACUCUCUACGCCGCUCCGAACCCUAGCCACCGCAACCCGAUCUUCCACCCUCAACCGAUCCGCGCAUCGCCCCGCCGUCGCCGCCUUCUACCGCCACUUCGCUUCUGAUUCAGAAAAUGUGGUUUCGAAGAAGAGGGUCGAAGAUGUAAUGCCGAUUGCGACCGGGCACGAGCGCGAGGAGCUUGAAGCCGAGCUCGAAGGACGGAAGCUUGAUGAUAUCGACCAUCCGGCUGGUCCUUUCGGUACAAAGGAAGCACCUGCAGUCAUCAAAUCAACCUAUGACAAAAGAAUUGUUGGAUGCCCUGGAGGUGAAGGGGAAGAUGAGCAUGAUGUUGUUUGGUUCUGGCUAGAGAAAGGCAAGCCACAUGAAUGUCCAGUGUGCUCGCAGUACUUUGUGCUGGAUGUGAUUGGCCCAGGAGGACCACCAGAUGGACAUGGUGAUGACGAGCAUCAUUAAUUCCUGAUUAAAGUGUUUCUGCCGGAAUAAAAUCUGGGAGAUUCAAGGUUUUCUUCUGUAGCUUUUAUGACUAUUGGCUGGAUAUUAGUUUUCGAAAAUGACAGGGUACAUUCCAGAAAGUUGCAAGCUGGCUUGUGCUGAAAACUCGUUUUGGGACAAUGUGAUGGGAAUCAUCUUGUAAUUUAUUUGAAACUGUGCCCAUCACAGUCUUUCCAAUAAUGAGAAAGGAACAUUAUGUGCGCUUUUGUUCCGAUUCCCAUGGAAUAAUGGGGUGAGGAAAUUGCGCGGAGAAAAAUUUGGACAUAUGGCCUCUAUUAUUCCUUCUGGGUGAAUCAAUUGUUUUCCGAGUUCGAAGUC